AUGAUGUCACUUGAUGAUUAUCGUUUGUUUCAGGAUGAUGGCAGCUCGGUCGGUCAGGAGAUGGGUCGUCGUAAAUUACCAUCCAUUCCAUCGUACUCAUCAUAUUCGACUACACCGUCCUAUCCAACACCGCAACCCGUUGGAACCUCAACCUAUAUUUCGGCUCCACCGUCAAGCAGUACUGCUCUGAUUAUGCCACCACAAUCUAUGUCACCGUUGGCCGUGCAGACGGAUUCAUCACUAAAACGUCCAACGCCUUCUGUUCGUUCACAAACCUCUCCUGCUCCCGUUUACAUCAACGCCAGCGCUCCUAUUCCAACUACCUCAUCAAGCUAUUCUAUAUUCGGCGUCAGCUCUACCUGUACUCAAACAGCUCUUCCUCCUGAAAAACUGCCAAAUGGCCAUCUGCCCCCUGAUUAUUCACGUCCUUCGUCUGUUGCUAGUACUUCUACUCUUGCUCGAUCCAUUGAUCCUGCCAUUAUUCCUGGUGCUUCAUUCCAAUCCACUGCCAAGUCGAAAACUGCUCUUCGACAACCCGUUUCUGUCGCCAGGACCAAACCAUCUCAUGUCCCAAAAAUUCCUAAUACACUUGCUAGAGUGCUCCUUAAAAAGGAGCUUAAAGAAGUUCUAUCACGUCGUCGCGAAGCCCUCGAAGCCUGUGAGAUCGAGGCCAAUCAGAGGCAGUACAUUGUGCAUAAGAUGCUUGUGACUGGAUUGCUGCCUGAGGCUCGUGAAGACGACACUCCGAAUGUGAUUCACUGUCUUCUUCCAUUGGAGCUAAUAAGUGGAGCUCGAGUUAUUCCCAAGCCGACUCACACUGUUGCUACACAGAAGAACGACACCGACACUCGACUUUCAACAUCGACACCUUCCCAUGUUCAAUUCAAAUCUGAGCCGACUUCUACGGCUUCUGCUAUUCAGUCAACUACACCCGUUCCUUCUGCUCGCUACCAAUUUUUGCCAUCCACCUCACUUCGAGCUCAACUUGACGUCGAAAGGAAACCUCGACUCAAGGACUUCAGCAGAGCGAGGACCGUCGAAACACAGACUGAGCAAAUCUCCUCUGCUGACUAUACCCUUGGCUCCCAUCUGACAAAGCCAUCGACGAGUCGAACGACAACACAACGAACUCGAAGUAAUGCGAAUGUGCAGACGAACGAUUUACUUGAGGCGACCAAGAAAUAUUUCGAGGAUUACGAUCGACAACUGAACGAGCUGACUGAGAAAGCAAAACGAGCCCAACGUCGCCAGUUUGAAUUCCACGAUGACGAUCCGUUGAGUCGAGAGACGAGGCGACUGCAGUUGAUGGAUGAGCUGGCUCGACGUCGAGAACGAAUGCUUGCUAGCGCCGACCUACCAUCGGAGACGAUGCCCUAUCGUGCCUAUCAUUCACAACUUGCCCUCGAUUCCUCUGAUUAUUCAUCGCUAGUACCACACUAUGGAUCUCUGCCUCGGAUCGACUAUCCGUCUCGAAGUAGGCGGUCUCCGCUUACUCGUGAUUUUACUGUUCGUCAACAACCAACAACAUCCAAUUAUGGCUACAACUAUGGCUCGUUACCACGGAAUUAUGAGCGAUGUCUUGGACAACAGUUCAACCCGAUCCAGGUGGACUAUGAACAAUCGUUUGGAGCUCGACCCAUGGAUCCUCCCGGCUCCAUGUCACGAUCCAUGUUCGACCUACACUCGGACAACAUCAUCGAUCCACGAUAUCGCUUGCCACCCUCCAACAUCCGCUCAUUGAACUAUUUGGACCAGCUGGGAGUGGACAGUAGGGAUCCGCUAGCUUAUUCAUCGUCGUUCAGAACUGAUCCGUACAUGACUGGCAGAUCGUAUGCUGCUGACACCAGCAACCUUCCAUCAACGUUUGCACCACAACAGAACGAUAUGAUCUCUCGAUAUGCCAACUAUCUGAACAAUGAAUUCCAGACUGGUCUCCUGAGUCAAGUUGAUACGUCCAAGCCCUUAUAUGCUCCUCUAUCUGCACCAAUUCGAUAUGAUGCACCACUGAGUGAUCCGUACCCGGCUAUGCCAUCUACGACCGGCUUGCCGUCGUACCCUUAUUCGGAACCGGCCACACUACCGGCCUACCUACCGUAUGGAACUCCUCAAGUGUACAGCAGAAACGAGAAUAACUACGGUGCUCGUCCUCCAAAUUAUCCACUUGAUUAUGGUAAUGUGGAUCGUCAACGGUUAUUGCAAGCUGCUCAGAUGCCACCGCCACCACCAGUUGAGGAUCCGUACGCGCCGGUGCUAUCAGGCGGUUCAUAUGAUCAACAACGAUUAUCACAAGUUCCAUCUGCUUACUACUCAUCACAAUAUCCGAUGAUGCCAUCCCGUUCGAGUUAUCCGCCCACGUUGUCUUCAUCGGUACCUACCGGUUAUGUAGGACAAACACCAGCUCGGACAUGGUCCGGAAACAUCGACACAUCGGCAUACGAUGCCCGAUUUCCUCGAGAGGAUGCUCUGUCACGGAUAUAUGCGACCGCUGGAAGACGUCGACCUACAGAAUCGCACAGACGAAAGCACUUGUAUAGCGUAGAAAAGACCUCUUCUGAAUAUCCGGGACCAGUUAAGAAGCCAGUCGAGGACACAUAUCGUCAUCGUCCGGAUGCGCUCGAUUGCACGUCAUCGUCCACCAUCAAACGUAUCCUUCUUACACGACGCUAUAAGGACCAUAAUAUCUAUAAUGAUCUGGGUAUACGGGUUGUUGGUGGAAAACGAAUGCCAAGUGGAGAAUUGGGUGCGUUCGUAUCGGCCGUCAAUCAGGCCAAGUAUAAUCAGAUUCUUGGAGAAGUUAAAGAAGGUGAUCAAGUUCUCGAAUGGAAUGGUGUGCUGUUGAAUGGGAAAACGUUCGAGGAAGUGGAAAGAAUUGUGAAUUCCAGCAGUGGUGAAGUCGAAAUCAUACUGAAAUCGGAAGGAGAGAAGUCUCAACGUAUCUCCAACCUACGGAAGUACUGUUCACCUCGAGAUCCACAACGUUGCUCCAAUGUGACUGACUCGUCGCAGAAGAUUCUGAGGAUCAAAGAUGCUUCCCCAGAUCGAGCACCUCCAGUUCCGAUUCAUCGUGGGAACGGUAGCGAGCCAGUGAGCUACGGUCGCCAGAAUCCAUCCAAUCGCAUCUAUGACAAUGUUGAUAGCACUGAUAUAGCCGACGAUGUUUGGCAGAACAAGCCCCAGGUACACUACCCGGCUUAA